GGUUUCGCCAUGACUUGUUACGUUGAAUAAUCUCUUCCCCCCUUUUGUGAUAAUGGGGUCAUGCUCCCAAAUGGAACGAACCUACGCUCGUAUUCACAAUAUAGUAGCUGUUGUUGCCCAUGAUUGGGAUGCAAACCCCUCGUGAUUAUGAAUUAUUAGCCAGGACAAGUAUCGAGCGUCUUUCUAUUUGAAAAUUUUCUCCCAACUAUAAGAUAACCUACGCUAGGCUUGCAAUCCUCUCUCUCACUUUAACCUACCCCACAAGCACCAUCACAAGCAGAGCCGACUAUUUCGAUAGCCCACCAAAGGAAAAUAGCACGACUCUAAAAAAUAUUACUGGAGCGGAAAUAAGAUGGGGGUCACUAUCCGCCAUUACGUCGCCUUCUGCCUCGGCUUAUGGGCAGCCUCCUUUGUAGGAGCGGAUGAUAACUCCCACGACAACUUAUUCUUCAUCUCCAGCCUAUGUCCCUGGUUCUACUUCCGUCAGAACCGCAUGGCCUCUGAGCUCGUUUCGAUUUGCUCUACUAGCGACAGCGGCGAUGGGGUGUACCGCACAAGCGUCCUAGAUCUUAAUCAGUGCGUUGUAAACGAUGAUGGAACUCUCAAGGUUAUAGCGGACGAUUCGCAGACCUCACCAGGAAAAUUCGAAGAGAGCUGCCAUUAUUGUGGUCUCAUAUUGACCAAUGACGACAGUGAUGUAUACAUCACAAAAUUAACCUGUUACUGCAAUCGUCAUGACGCCCAAGAGAUGCCUACGUGGUCAUCGGUAGAUCUCACCCAUGGAAUCGGUGUUAACAACGGUACCUUAAACUGUUACCAUGGCCAGUCUAAACUCAUUGUCAACCCGUCCGACACAGACCCUCAGGUUAUUCCAAUGCAAACUCCGAUCACCCAGACAGCUACUACGACUAUGAAUAACACCAUGGCAAACACUGCUACCGUAACCGCCACGUUCACUUCCAAUGCUACUAUCAUCAGCAGCCAAAUGAGCACCGUCGUCAGCACCGUCAGUGUCACCGACUCCUGCUCCCCAGUCUCACCUAGCGAGGUAACUACCACGGUCACGAAGAAGAUAACCAAGACCAAGAAGAUCACCGAGACUGAGACCGACACCCCAACGCCAACACCUACUCCGACCACUGCAAGCCCGGUAACUGUAACCGCUACUCAGACAAUCAACAAAACACCGGCUCGCAUGGACAGCGCAGGUCUUACAACACUUAGUGACGGCAGUGUUGUAGCCUCGUUCACCCACAUUGCAUAGUCUCCUCAUUCAUGGCCAAUUGUUGCCAGUAAUAUGUACAUCGGCGUUGCGUGGCUUAGGGAGUAUAGGGAGUAGAUAAGGGGCGAUCCACUUGAACUCAGGG